CGUCCUGCAACAGGAGCAGGCACAACAGCAGCAGAAAUGACAGCUCACCUUACAAAUAACUCACACACAUACAGUUUUAGGCCAUCCUCCCUCACAGAGCAAACAUCUUAAAAGGCAUCAGUGUCACGUACUAUUGUAACACGCUCCUUAAUCCACCCAGAAGCAAUGUUGAAAAGGAAUGAGAAUUGCCUGACGUGUACAAUUCCUAUUUCCUCCUGAGUCAUGUCAAGAAACCCUGCAGUAAGCAUUAUGUGUGAGUGAUACAUAAGUGCAUGUACAGUAAGUGCUCCUUAAGAUUCAUACCUUACAUGCCUCAGCUCACUCACAACAUGAGUUAGGGCCUCUCAGUGUCCAGUGUCCCUCUCUGUUUUUACGUCUUUAAUUCCCUCCUCACUCUUGCGCUCAUUUUUGCUCAUUCCUUCACUCCGUCACUUCAGUUUCAAUACAUUUCACAAGCCUUUUCCUUUUGUUUUUGUUGGCAUAUCAACGUGUCAGGCUCCGAGCAAAUUAAUAUAAUAAACAGCCUCUCAAAUGUACAUAUGGUUUUAUUAGAGCGGUGGGACUGCUGUCACAGUGAUGUGUUUGUUUGCACAAAGUAGAAAAAGAAAAAAGUUGACACAAAGUUUCUGCCCCCUCCUGCAGCCAGCCAGUGGGAGGUUGACAGGAAGUUCUGAUUAACACAUCAACUCGCGUCAUUCUCCUGUCUCAUCUCCUCUUUUUAGGCCUUCAAUUACUCAUUGUCUGCCCAUCGUGUCCGAAUCACAUCCUUUAAACAAAGACACUGCAAAAGGAAAGCUAUCCAUUACAUGCAGGGCCACCACUGUCCUAUAGCAAAGCUUACGACAUGUGAGUUAAGUCAUGCAUGCAUGCGGUAGUGCUGGUGUGGAGUUGGGGAAGCAGCCUCUUGGGAGUUGUGGUUGGUGUAUACAGUAAUGGCCAAUUACCAGCCUGGAUAAUGACUGUAACCGGGGGAGUUUACUCUACAUUGGGCUAUUGUUUAGUCAUGAAGAAGAAUGAUAGGGAAUUUGAGCUUCAGCAGGACUGUUGUUAUAGGUGAUGUGUGUCUGUGGCUGUUUACUCAUUCAAAGGAAGCUCAGAGACUUUGUCCUUUGGUUGGGUGGCGCUCUCAUCUCAGCCAGCACGCAGAGAGACCCACCCAUCUGCACAGACACCUCAUGACACCAGCUUGUAAAAGUGUGUAUGAGAGUAUGGCUGUGAUUGUGUGAUUGUGUGAGUGUGUGUGUGUGCGCGUGCAUCGUUAAGGGAUUAAGGAUUAAUUGCCUUCAAAGAUAGACUUAACUGCUUACAUGAAGUUUGUAAAGUUCUCACUUGGCCCCAGAGAGGAAAACAACACUGCAUAGUGAGGAGUAGAGGAAAGUUCUCUGUUGAUUUAUUUUCCUUUCUUCAGAAGUUUGUGUUUUGGUCUGGAGUGUAAUGCCACUCGAGGGUGAGUUGAUACAGCCAGCAGCUGAAGCAGGAGACCUGAGAAUGACAGAAACCAACCCCCCCAAGUCAGCUAAGAAGCCCCGCUGGACCUCCCUGGAGGUCGGCCUAACUACUAUCGUCUCCUUGCUCUUUAUCGUCAUCGUCGCCCUCAUCAUCCUCUUUGCCACACAGAAGACUGAGGAAAUCUGCACCACAGGUGACUGCACGCAAUCAGCAUCUCGCCUCAUUGAGAACAUGGAUGCUAGCGUGGACCCUUGUGACAACUUCUACCAGUACGCCUGUGGAGGCUGGCUGAAAAAGAACAUCAUCCCUGAGACCAGCUCUAGAUACAGCACCUUUGACAUCUUACGAGACGAACUGGAGGUUAUCCUCAAAGGUGUCCUUGAAAAAACAGUGGAGGGGGAAGCCGCUGCUCUCACCAAGGCUAAGACCCUUUACAAGUCCUGUACCAAUGAGAGUUUAAUUGAGCUCAGGGGAGGGGCUCCUUUGCUCGACAUGCUACCUGAUGUGUUUGAGUGGCCCGUAGCUGUGGACAACUGGGAGACCAACUAUGGUGAAACAUGGAGGUUGGAGAACGUCAUCGCCAAGCUGAAUGAGAAAUAUGGAACUCAACUCUUGGUCAACUUUUUUGUCGGCACCGAUGACAGGGACUCCAAUUCAUACAUCAUUCAUUUUGACCAGCAGACAAACCUCGGCCUCUUAUCUAGAGAUUACUACGCUUGCACUGGACCCUACGCAGAGGCAUGUCGGGCCUACGAGAAGUUUAUGAUUGACCUUGCCAAGCUGAUCCGCACUGACCGGAGAUUGGACAUCAAUGAAACCCACAUCAGAGAGGAGGUGACACGAGUUAUGGACCUGGAGAGAGACAUCGCCAACGCUACCGAUACUCCAGAGGACCGUAACAACCCAGUGUUGCUUUACAACAAGAUGGAACUGGGUGAUCUGAACGCCAACUUCACCCUUGAGGUUGAAUCGCAGGUAUUUGACUGGAGUUACUUCACAGCUAAGAUAAUGGAUACAGUCAACAUCAGCAUUCCUGACACAGAGAAGGUCAUAAACUACUCCCCCAACUAUUACAGAAGACUCAACCUUAUCUUGGCCAGAUACAACAAAAGGGAUCUGCAGAACUACAUGGUGUGGCGUUUUGUUAUGAACAUGGUGGUAGGCCUGAGCAGAUCUUACAGGGACACCAGGAAAGCCUUUCGCAAGGCUCUGUCUGGUACAACGUCAGAGGCAGCAGUGUGGCGACAGUGUGCACUUUACGUCAACAACAACAUGGACAAUGCUGUGGGACGACUGUAUGUGCAGGAGGCCUUCUCUGAAAAAAGCAAAGAACUGAUGGAGGAGAUGAUUAAAGACAUUCGGGAAGUGUUCAUUAGUAACCUUCAUGACCUGACCUGGAUGGACGCAGAGACUAAGAAAGCAGCUGAGGAGAAGGCCCGAGCUAUUCGGGAACGGAUCGGCUAUUCCGACAACAUCAUGGAUGACAAAUACCUUAACAAUGAGUACAAAGAUCUGGCCUACAGUGCAGAGGAGUACUUUGAAAACAUCCUACAGAACCUGGAGUAUGUGCAGAAGAAACGCCUGCGGAAACUCAGAGUCAAAGUCAACAAAGAGGAGUGGGUAACUGGAGCUGCUGUUGUCAACGCCUUCUACUCAUCCAGCAAAAACCAAAUAGUUUUCCCUGCAGGUAUCCUGCAGCCGCCUUUCUUCAGCAAAGGCCAGGCUAAAUCUCUCAACUAUGGUGGCAUCGGCAUGGUGAUCGGUCACGAGAUCACACAUGGCUUUGAUGACAAUGGUCGUAACUAUGAUAAAGAUGGUGAUCUGAAGGACUGGUGGACACCAGACUCCACUGAUAGGUUUCUGGACCUGUCGAAGUGCAUCGUCAAUCAGUAUGGCAACUUCUCCUGGGACCUGGCCAAUGGACUUCAUUUAAAUGGUAACAACACCCUCGGGGAGAACAUUGCUGACAAUGGAGGGAUACGGCAGGCAUAUCAGGCCUAUAAGAACUAUGUGGAAGAGCAUGGAGAGGAGCCAUCACUGCCGGGCAUUGACCUUUCCCACAAUCAACUCUUCUUCUUAAACUUUGCUCAGGUGUGGUGUGGAACGCACCGACCAGAGCAAGCAAUUAAUUCCAUUAAAGUAGAUGUACACAGUCCAGGGAAAUUCAGGGUAUUGGGCUCCCUUCAGAAUUUCCCAGAAUUUGCCAAAGCAUUCAACUGCAACAAGAACAGCUACAUGGUCCCUGCCAACAUCUGCCGUGUGUGGUGAUCCACAGAACUCUGGGAUAGUGUCGCCCCUGUCCCCCUGCAGUUCCUCUCCCCUCUGACUGUUGGAGCACUCGUGGGGGGCUACAGGGAAGUGAAAGCUCCCCUUAGCUCUUUACUGAAUGGACCAAGGCCGGUGGAUUGACACUGCAGUAUGCACUUCCUCCGCGGAAAGCAGUGGACUGUACCCUCACGGACCGAUGGAGCACUGUCUCUCCGACUCUGAUACUGUAGUUCAUUCAAUCAGCCUGAGUAUUCCUCUACUCACUGGAUACAAUCACUCCUUCUGUUUAAUUUUUUUCAUCUUGUUUUACUCAUCAUUUGCGAGUCUGCCAAUGUGUGUGUGUGUGUGUGUGAGUGUGAGUGUUUUUCAGUCAAAAUACUGUACAAGUAGUUGUCAAGAGAGGGGCAGACAGACAAAUGUGCUCCAAUCCACUGACGUGAAUACACCACCCACCCACCCACGCUCAUACACAUGUAACAGGGCUGAACCACUGUUCUGUAUGUGGCACAGAGCUGUAUGGCUCUCAUCAAACCUCAGCUGGUUUAAUCCUUCAUCUACAUGCUGAUACACUCUACAAUGUAUUCAUAAUGUACUCUUUGUUAAUACUUAGAACUAGAUUAAGUAAAUUAUUAUAGAAAAUCUGAAUUUAUUUUGCUGAAUAGACCAGUAAGUUUUUAACCGUGAUAGCAUAUUACACAAUACUGUUCUAUAUUUAAUGAUAAUGACUUAACUGCAGUUGACAGCCAGCUGCUGCUCAUUAGCAUUAUUUCAAAUUAACCAAAAUUCAAACUUUGCCUUGAACACAGCUGGUCAUGAAUCAUUGAGCUGACAAUCGACAGUCACCAGACCCUUUUAUACAUUCACUGAGCCUCCUGUGUGUUUCUGCGUGGAUGUAUGUCUCUGUGUUUUCCAGUCUUUUUAAUUCAUUAUGAUCGCUGCCUGCUGUUUGUCAAGCAAAUUGGUAUGCCUUACAUGAUCUGUUGUGCUGCUGUGUCUGAGCGUGUGAAUGUGUAUUUGCAGGAGAAAAUAAGGACACGAAAAUGUGUCAUUGAAGCAAUAGUUUGACUUUUUCGUUGCUUUUUUUGCCGACUGUUACAUUAGAAGAUUGAUACCACUCUCGUGUCUUUAGGCUACCGCCAGCAGGCGGUUAGCUUAGCUGAGCAUUAAGACUAGCCUGGCUCUGUCCAAAGGUAAAAAAAACAAUGACAUGGAAAGCUCAGUAAUGACCUGGCUAGUUCUUGUUUUUUUUAACCAGAAUAGUACCAGUUGUGGUUUUGUGGGGCGUUGUGUCGGACUGUUUCUUGGCUGAGAGCAGUGACUUCCUGGAAUCUUCGCCAGCUGCCCGCAACCUGAUGGUGAUGACAGGACUUGAGAACUUGGAGUCUUUACCCUUUCAUUUUUCUGUGGAUAAAAAAAAUAAAUAUAUAUAACGUUUUAAUUGGUUAGCUUUAAAUGUGCUGGUAGGCAGAUUUGUUUUUUACCUUUGGACGGUCAAGCUAGCUGUUUCCCCUGUUUCCAACAGAACCAUCUACUGGCUGCUUUAUAUUAAAUAGACUGAUAUGAGUGGUAUCAAUAUCCUCAACUAACUAUUGGCAAGAAAGUGAAUAAGUGUAUUAUACACAAUGUUGAACUAUUUAAGAAAGGUGUGGCAGGUUCUCAGUUUGAUCUUGGUCUAAUCACAGGAAGUGUGCCAUAUGAGCCAUCUAUUUUGAAUGUUUCUUUUACACAUUGAAGCAAAAGUCAACAGACGAUGAUAUAACUAAGCUUUCAAAGAAUUUAUCUAUUUUAAACUGCAGGUUGAAUCUUUGCUGGAAGUCAAUGCACUUCUUUCAACAUUGCAUGCAUUUUUCUGAAUGCAGAAGGUUGUAUCAAGUCAGUAGAACACAGUUUCCAUGGUUUUGUAUGCCAUUAUUUUCUACGUUAAAGUGUAACUGAGGCUGUAACACAAGGUUCGGUAAUUGUGGAAAUUUUAGCCUUUGCCUUUUAUAUAGAAAUCAUUGCAAUGAAUGAUGCACCAUGAUCAUGUAGACCACUUCUUCAGACAGUAUACAACACCCUCCAUGUCCUUUAUACAUUGAUGUUUCCCAUGUUCUGUUCUUUUCAUUGUUUGUGCAAGCUUUCUGUCUCUCUGUCACUGUCGCUCACUCUCUCAGGCUUUCUUUCUUUCUGUCUCUCUCUCUCUCUCUUUCUCUCUCUCUCUCACACUCCACCUGUAGAAAGACAGAUAUACCUCAGUUGCCUGUAUUUAGAUACUUUAUAAUAAUUACUGAUAAUCAUCUUGAGGAGCAUUGUCUUUUCUUUCAAAAUAAAUCUUUAAAUAACACGCUGA